AUGGAAAUAUCCGUCCAUGCCGGCUCAGAGCUCAGUCUAGCAGUGCGUGGAUGUGGCUAUGGUCAGGAUGGGCACGGUCUGGUAACUCUGGAUGACAUCGUUGCAGUGGCAAAGAUGACUGAACGUCUCGUGGAGAUGAACCCAAAAGAUCAGGAGUUCGCCGCAGCCGUUGUGGGUAAGCUAGUCGGCUUAGUGAGGGACAAACUGGAGGAUGGGUUGUCUUCGGAGGAGCUUUCACCCGCCGCAUCUGCUGUUGUCGAUGCCUUCGCUGCGCUGAUGAAAGAGUGGUCACCCAGAGAGAGUCGUUCUAACAUGAUCGAGCAUAAAGCCAACGGUACGAGCCUGACACAACCAGACGAACAGAUACGGCAUCAGACUGGCGUGCAGACGAGACCGACAAAAGAAGAAAACCGAGACAUGGAAACGCUUGGAGCUCUCCUGGUCGAAGUUGACGAGCUUUCUCGUUCGCUUCUGCGGGGCAAAGCGGAGAUGGGGUACCUGCAGGUGGGGACCAGGGGCGUGCGGGUCGUGGUGGGAAAGUCCCCGGGCGCAGACAUAGGUGGGACCCGCGUGGGUGUGAACAAGGGAACGGUGACGCUACCGUCAGGAGCUGCUCUGUUCGGCAAGCGUGUUCCGGACAUCGCCAGGUUAAAGGUGGUUGGAUUUGAGGAGAACCCUUUCGGAGGUCCCUCCGCAAGCGGCCAAGUUGGUUCGUCGGUGCUGAACGUUGACCUGUACGAUUCGACAGGAAAGUCCAUUCCUGUUCAGAAUCUACCGGAGGAUAUCCACAUCACCGUGCAGAACAACCUCCCGGCCCCGGCGGACGCCACCCUCCUCCGCCCGUACUCACCGGCGGACCACGGUCCCAUGGCGUUCCGGUCUUUCGGCAUCUCCGGUAGGGAGUCGUACCUGGUGACCGUGACCCUGAAGGCGCCGUCCCGGAACGCUACGCUGUACGGACGCGUGGGAACGUUCCCCACUGAGACUGAGCAUGAGUUCAGGAAAGUUUUCACCGCGGAUGACUUUGACACAGUGCGCACGACUACCCAUGGAGAUGACGACAUAGUGUACACUACCUCUACCGUCGUGCAGCCGGACUUCAGCCACGGCGAGGGCCAGUACAUGCUUGGGCUAAGGAUGGAAGGUUGCACCCCAACGCCGUGCCGGUAUGAGAUUGAGACCUUCCGCCUCGGCUGCCGGUUCUGGAACGAGCAGGAGCAGCUCUGGUCAGGCGACGGGUGCAAGGUUAGCCCAGCCUCCUCGGCCAAGCAGACGGUGUGUCUCUGCAACCACAUGACGCCGUUUGGAGCCGAGAUCGUCACCACGCCCAACGUCAUCAAGUUCAAGACGGUGUUCGCCAAGUUCGUCAACCUGAAGGACAACUUAGCGGUGUUCAUCACCGUGUUCGCCACGCUGGGUCUGUACAUCAUCCUCCUGCUGCUGGUCCGGAGGUGGGACAAGCGGGAUCUCAGCAAGUGGGCAGUGAAGGAGAUCCCUGGCAGUCCCGGAAGUGACGCACACGCCGGCCAGUACCUCAUGACCGUCCACACGGGCCAUGAUUGGGAGGCUGGGACCCGGUCAAAGGUCACCUUUACCCUAUAUGGUGACCAAUACGACUCGGGAGUCAGGGAGAUGCCGCAGAAUGAAAGGACGUUCGAGAUGGCGGGAACGGACAACUUCCUGUUGAAGACGUCUCAGCCCCUGGGAGACCUGAUCAGCCUGAAGAUGUCUCACGACAACUCCGGGGAGGGGCAGUACGCGUCCUGGACCACGUUCAUGUGUGAUGACUGGCUGGAUGAGGUGUACUCCGCGGGGAAGUUCAGCCGCACCAUCCACGCGCAGAGCGAGAUGGACCUGUCCUUCGGCCCGACCUUCAAGACGGCCAUCAGGAACAAGUUCACGGACGGGCACCUGUGGCUGUCUGUCGGCACCAGGCGGCCUAGGAGCUACUUCACCCGCGUGCAGCGCCUGUCGUGCUGCCUGUGCCUGCUGUACUGUAAGAUGAUCGCCAGUGCCAUGUGGUUCCGCACGGCGGGCCAGGUCGCUUCUCCCGCUCUCUUCACUAUCGGACCAGUGGACAUAACCACCCAGCAGCUGUGGAUCAGCGUGGUCACCACUCUUCAAAUCUUUCCCGUCAACUUCGCCAUCGUGCAGAUCUUUCGCCGCUGCCGCCCCAAGGACAAGGAAGGCGUGGACCCAGCGGGAGAAAAUCCCAAGUCCGCGAAGUACCAGGUGAGGAAGAAGUGGAGGGCGUCCAUGAUGCCGCACUGGUUCAUCUACCUGGCCUGGGCAAUGCUGUUCCUGGCCAGCCUGGCCUCGGCGUUCUUCCUCGUCCUGUACAGUAUGGAGUGGGGCAACGACAAGUCCAUCCAGUGGCUCACCACCUUCGGGCUCUCCUUCGGCCACUCCAUGUUUAUCGUACAUCCUGGGAAGGCGGUUUUUGUGGUGCUGGUGAUGACCAUCCUGUGCCGCCGGCGGGUGAGCCAGGGACCGGGGGACAUGAUGAUGGACGAGCUCAUCUUUACUACAGGCGGGUCGCCUGAGCCCGAGCACAACGUGCCUGCUUCUGAGCCUGUCGCUGACACCUCAAGCAAGGAUAGCGAAGAGUCAAAGGACACCGCCACCGCCCGCGUGGACGUCGCCAAACAGCGCAAGCAGAAACGGAAGAAGGACAAGCUGCUGCGGUUCGGGAAGCAGUUCGUGGCGUACAUUCUGUACGUCAUCUUCGCCCUGAUGGUUGUCAACGAAACUUGGGAGCCGACGGCCUACCACGCACAUCACGACAUGAAGGGACAGCUUGUCGAUGGCUUUGACAAGGUCCAAAAACGGGAGGACAUCCUUCUGUGGAUGAGGGCAGCGUUCACAGAUAACCUGUACCCGGAGACAGAGUACAACGGCGGAACGAUCAGCUGGGAGGAGCGGGUUUUCAUCCAUGAUGUGCGGGCAUAUCGCCUCGGUCCCGUUCGGAUUCAACAAUGGAGGGCCGAAACAGAACCCUGUACUGUGACGAAGCCCGCGCUCAUCCACCUGACCAAGAGAUGCCUGCUGCCCUGGCACGACAGCUUCCGACACGGCGGCAACUUCUUCACCAAUGUCACCGCAUCCGCGCUGCACAAGGCGACCACCUCGUACGGGCGCGGCGGGUACACCGUGGACCUCGGAGAAGACCCGGCCCAGAUGAGGUCAGUCUUGACCGCGAUGAUUCGGGGGCAUUGGCUGGACAGGCUGACGUCCACCGUGCAAGUCGACUUCUCCCUCUACAACGCGGACGCGUCGAUGUUUCACGCGCUGAGGCUCGCGUACAAGUUUCUACCGACGGGCGACGUGGCCGCAAGAUUCUCGGCGAAUUCGUUCAAGACCAUCAACAACAAGGGGGUGUAUGCGACCGUGGUGUUCCUCUCAAAGGCUGGCUUCGUCGGCUGCGUCAUCUACCUGGCCUUCAACCUGUACAAGACGGGGAAGAAGGAGGGGAAACUGUUCUUCAGCAACUAUGACAACCUGUUGGAGGUGGCUUCCCUGUUUGCCUCGCUCGUGGUCAUCGCUUUGGAUGUGGCCAAAGUCGUCAUCAAGCAACAGACGGAGAGCAGGAUUCACCAGCAGCGUAACCAAGUGGACAGAAGCUUCAUAGACCUGGAUCAGGCCGCCCAGGUGAACGAGUACUUCGUGAACGCCGUGGCCGCCCUGGUCUGCUUCACCACGCUGAGGCUCUGCCGCUUCCUGGACCAGAUCAGCGCACGCAUAGAGUUCUUCUCAGAUAACGUUCGUCUCUGGGCAGGGCAUAUGCUGGGAUGCCUGAUCAUAUUCCUGAUGCUCAUCGCAGGAUACAGCAUGUUAGGGACGCUCCUGUUCAGCCCUUACCUGCGAGGGUACAAGUCCCUGCCCGACGCCAGCGCCAGCCUGCUGCUCAUGUUCUGGAAGAAGAACGACGUGGAUUGGCUGGGGCUGAACAAGGGCAUCCUGGGACCGAUGUACGUCUUCAGCUUCGCGGGCGCGACGGUGUUCCUCAUGUUCCACCUGACGGCGGCGGUCAUGCUGGGCGCCACGGCCUUGGUCAGGGGGGAACGAGCCGGGAAGGGCGGAGGGAAGAGCCAGAGUCGCCCGAAGGCUAAGGGAGGCAGACGCCUGCCGUCUGGGAAAUGGGUGAAGUAUCUGAAGCCUUCCCGUGGCGAGGCCACUGUGCCUACCUAUGAAAGCGAGGUGUAG